UGCAAAUGAGCCUAGAGUUGUAACAUAACCAAACAUUGCUCUGAUAACCAAAUCAACAAGUUGUACUGCACGCAACAUGAAGGCCUUUAUUUCUUUAAUCGCUUUUUUCUCUAUGCUUUCCCUCUCGACGGGGCUCGCACCAAACUACAUUUCGCGGUCUCCCACACCAGAACCCGCUCCAGUGCCUGGAUUCCUCGAUGGCGUCCUGGACGCCUUCUCCAAUGUUCUUCACGGUCUGAGCAAAGCUGGAAAGUUUGUUUGGGACAAGCUCGAUGAAGCCGAGCAGGAGUUGCUCGAAAGUGACAACCAACUCGUGAUUGACGGAUGCAACGUCGUGAGAUGCGGAGUGGAACUCGGCUUCACGUCUGUCAAGUGCCUCAUUGACGUUGUGGGUACCAAGGGCAUUGGACAGGCUGGUAAAAAAGAAAAGCUCGGCUGCUUGGCUGAAGUAAGUCAAUCUAAUGCUGUACCUAUCGAUUGUUAUCUUCUCAUGUGGCGGAGCUAUCAGGAUGCUGAUAAUUUAUUCGACAGGUCGCUGAGACGAUCGAUGAUAUUAAGAGCCAUAAGGUUUGCGAUAACUGCUGGGAUGCCAUCAAGAACAACGUAGUGCCCCAGGUAGAAGUGGUGUGAUAGAUAUUUGAGGGCGACAGCGAGGAAAAGUCAGAGAGAUAGGGGUUUGGCCACGAGAUGAGGAGAGUGGAAUGCAGAUUUGGCGUUACUUGGAUGAAUUAUCUAUUGGAUGUUAAGAAUUUUUCACAGUGUAAUUUGAUUCUCAAAUCGCCCGAUCAAGAAGAGCACGACCUUUUUCUUAUAAGUAUUCAGAGGCCUAGAAAAUUCAAAAAAGAGUUCACCACCGGUGUGGCUACAUCUCUUGGUGCUCAUGC